UUUCGGGUUUUGUUUAUGAAAAAUAAGAUAUUAAUGUUUAAGAUGAAAAUUAAAAUACAGCUUUAUAUUAUGCUGUGAAACAUCAAAAUAUAGAAUUCGUUAACUUUUUGUUGUCAAAAGGGGCUGAUAUUAAUAAAUAAUGCUUUAAGGGAAAUACAGCUUUACAUAUGGCUUUUAAAGUAUAAAAUGAAUAGAUUAUUAUGGAUUUAAUGUAAAAUGGAGGAGAUUUAAAUAUUCUAAAUUAAUAUAAUUAAAGCCCAUUAGCUUUUGGAAAUAUUGAAUUUUUAAAAAAAUUGGACUAUAAAAAUGUAUAGCAUUUACUUAAGGAAAAUCAAUUACCGUUGAGGAUAAUAAUAAAUUAUAUUUUAAUCAAUAUUUUUGUUAAAAAAAAGAGGAAGUUUAUACAUGAAAAGUAUAAAUAAUUUUGAAUUUUUUUUCCUU